CGAAGAACAAUCCCUGAAUUUCACACUCACCCAGUGUGUGUCAGUGCGUGAAUGAGUAUAACAUGUCUCCACGAUGUCAAGUUCUACCCUUACAGAAAUUGUGUUGUAACACAGUGGCCACUCAAUUGACACAGGCGGUAUGUGACGAUGAAGAACUGGAUUACGAAACGUUACAAUCAUACAUACGAGAUUCAACGUAUGAAGUCCUGCAGGAUCUUCUCAAUCUGGUGCUGGCAUCUUGCUGCAUGGAUGCUUCCAUAAGAUUCAAUUGUCUUCAGCUUCUUUUGAGGGAGGACGUGAAGCGGCUUGAAACAGAUGUAUUUCCACACAAUUAUUACGAAAAUAUUUUGAAAACCAUCCUGGAGAAGGGAACCGGUCUAACCUACUUGAAUCUCAAAGGGAUUUGGGCAAGGGAGAAUCUCAGUUUACUGUGUGAUAUAGUAAAAGGAUUGAAGAAAUUGAAAACUUUCGUCGUUCCGCACAUUGCUGAUGACCAACUGUUGAAUGCCAUUGGAACAUACGGAAACCUCACGUGUUUGGAUGUGUCCGGUGAGUGUUCAUUUACGUCAUCAAAUUUGGUCAAGUUCAAAAGUCAAAGCCUCAAAAUUUUAAGUAUUGGAAACUUUGGCAAAAAAGAUGUAUGUCAAGAUGAACAGGAUUCCAUUGAAACAAUCUCCAAGCUGGUCCAGAACUUGCCCAAUCUGAUCGCUUUACAGACGUUUUCGUUCACGGGAAAUGCUCUGUCAAGGGUUUACGAAAAAAAUUCAAACUUCCGUACAAAAUUGGAAUAUAUCCACGACACACUUACUACGGAAGAUACAUGCGAAGCCAUUGUCAAGACAUGCCCUAAUUUGAAAAGCGUCUACUUGGACACCCCAUUAAAGAACACACUUAAAGUUCUUUCAACUUUAAAAUCGUUACAUACACUAAAAUUAAGCAAACCACUCUACGAAGAACUGAUGGGUUACUUAGAAAAAUCAGGAUAUCAAAUACAAGUCUUAAAGCUUAUUAGCGUGAAAGAAAACGUUGUCGAUUUGGGAGAAAUUUGCAAAAAUGCGCCAAAUCUGCAAACACUGGAAUGCUUCAAAAUGAGCCUAACCAGCACAAAAAUCGAUUACUAUUUCAUGCACUUGGAAUCAGUGGAUCUGUCCUAUUGUAACACCAGCAAUUUUAUACUGCGAUUUCUUUUAAUGAACAGCCCGAAAUUAAGGCGACUUGUGAUCGGUGAUGGUAUAAAAUUUAACGAUGACGACAUGUUUCGAUUAUGUUCAGAAUGUGAGCUCUUAGAAUUAGAAGAAGUAUGGUUUGCUUCGGCAAAAUGCUUAACGUUAACGUCGGUGGAACUGUUAAUGACCCAUUGUCCGAAAUUGAAAGUUUUGGGGCAAAUUACUGAAUGGGAUAUCAAUCCUAACGAUGUAAACUUCUUGAAGGCCGUCAUUGCUUCAACAAACACUCAACUGAUACUACUAUCCAGAGAAAGAAUUUAUUGAAUAUAAAUACGUAAUUUAUUGUAAAUAACAUUAAAUUUAUAUCGGUACAUAUUUCUACUGUACCUAAUGAAGUUUAUUAUUAAAUUAUUUUUAUUAUA